UCAUGGUUUCGCAAGAGCUGGGCUUCGGGUAUGCGGAUUUCCAUGCGCAUACCCUGGACGUCGGGCUGCAUGUCCAUGUCGUUUACUUGAGAGUCUCUGAGGUGAAGGAAGGAAGCGCAGGAGAACAAUACCGCCUGAUUCGUUCGAAACCAUGAUGGGAAACCAAACGGACUUCGAGACUCUGCUGUUGCUCCCGACGAGCAGCAAUCGGCCAGGUCUCGGAGCGACUAGCACAAGAGUGAGGGCGACCCUUGGUUGUGGUCAAACUCGACUCAUCAUACGUGAGCUUCAAAAUUCCAAUGCGGGGAUUCGAUACGCAGCCCCGAAAAUGAUCUGCUCAGAUCAAAUCAAAUACCAGCUCGCAAUCCAUAAAGCUAUCCAAGCCUGACCUCGUCCUCCACAACUUCGAACCGCACCAAUGACUCCUCGUCCUCAACAUCACAUCCCCUCUCUCCACCUUCUCAACACCAACCCACCCUGCCCUGUCCCCUCCGACAACCCGCAACCCCAACCGCAAUCAAAACAUGUCCUCACCUCGGCUAAAACCCAUUCCACCGACAACGAGAGUCCAGAAAAGUCUCUAGUCCGUCCCUCUCCGUUGCGCUUAAAGAGGAAGAUGAAAACGGCGAAGUAUAUGAACUUCCAAGAUUUUGAAAAGAAAGCAACGGUCGAUUUGGAUAUGAUGGUGUACUGCUUGCUAUCCGUCGACGAGGUCGAAGAAAUCGAAAUCGUCGAUAUUGGUUGGGAGGAACAUGAUGGAACUCAAGGUCGAGCGAUAGAGGUUUGUCCUCAAGAAAUCCUAUCAGAGCUUUUCGGCGCGGAAUUAUUGGUCUUAGUUGAGGGAGGAAUACAUGUAUACAUCGAUACCGAUAAAAUUUCUGAAAUGGUAUUUCGUUCGGCACAUGAGAAUUCUAAUAGCAACGUGAGUACAUCGAUCGAAGAAUUACAACAGCAUCUCAGUCCAUCACUCCCUCCCCUCACCACCCCAUAA